CAGCUAUUUGAGGCCCAUUGUGCCAUCCAAAUGAGAGCAUUAUGCUAGGGUUUUAAUGGAGAUGAGGACAAGUGCUUAUCAUAUGUAAUAUGUGAGAGUUUUGAGAGGCUAUUGAAUUGGCCAAGAAAUUAUGCAACCAAUGGAGACGACCAACGUUGUGAUAUAAAGCACUGUCGAGUGAGACCAUGAGCUUUCUUGUGCAACGGCAAGAAAAUAGCAUCACCCAUGACGGCGGCAGCAGCCACCAAAUUUCUCUAUCUUCCCGCCGUGAUCUUCCCCAUGCUCCUUUUCUUCAGAGCCUCCGCCGCCGGCAUUGCACCUGACACGCUCAACAAUGGAGGCAACAUCACCGACGGAGGGACGCUGGUCUCGGCCGGCGGGUCCUUCACCCUGGGGUUCUUCUCCCCGACCGGGGUGCCAACCAAGAUAUACCUCGGGAUCUGGUUCACCGCGUCCCCGGACGCUGUCUGCUGGGUAGCUAACCGUGAUAGUCCACUCAACAACACCUCUGGCGUACUAGUGAUCAGCAGCGCGGGGACCCUUCGCCUUCUUGAUGGCUCUGGCCAGACCGCGUGGUCUUCGAACACCACCGGCGCUUCUGCUAUUACGGUGGCGCAGCUGCUCGAGUCUGGCAACCUAGUCGUACGCGAGCAGAGCAGCGGCGCCGCCCUCUGGCAGUCGUUCGAUCACCCGUCAAACACCUUGAUCGCCGGCAUGAGGCUCGGCAAGGACCCGCAGACCGGCGCCGAGUGGUCGCUCACGUCGUGGCGCGCGCCCAAUGACCCGACGCCGGGGAACUGCCGCCGGGUGAUGGACACCAAGGGCCUGCCAGACUGCGUCUCGUGGAACGGCGGCGUCAAGAAGUACCGCACGGGGCCGUGGAACGGGCUGUGGUUCAGCGGCGUCCCGGAGAUGGCGUCGUACUCCGAGAUGUUCUCCAACCAGGUCGUCGUCCGCCCCGACGAGGUCGCCUACAUCUUCAACUCCACGGCCGGCGCGCCCUUCUCCCGCCUCGUGCUGAACGAGGUCGGCGUGCUGCAGCGGCUGGCGUGGGACCCGGCCAGCCGGGUGUGGAACCUCUUCGCGCAGGCGCCGAGGGACGUCUGCGACGACUACGCCAUGUGCGGCGCGUUCGGCCUGUGCAACGUGAACAGCGCGUCCACGCUGUUCUGCAGCUGCAUAGACGGCUUCAGCCCCGUGUCCCCCACGCAGUGGUCCAUGCGGGAGUCCUCCGGCGGGUGCCGAAGAAACGUGCCGCUGGAGUGCGGCAAUGGGGCGACGACGGAUGGGUUCAUGGUUGUGCGCGGCGUGAAGCUCCCCGACACGGACAACACGACGGUGGACAUGAGCGCGACGGUGGAGCAGUGCAGGGAGAGGUGCCUCGCCAACUGCUCGUGCGUGGCCUAUGCCGCCGCGGACAUUCGAGGAGGAGGCGGUGGCAGUGGCUGCGUCAUGUGGACGGAUGACAUUGUUGACGUCCGGUAUGUGGACAAGGGGCAGGAUCUCUACGUGAGGUUGGCAAAGUCUGAAUUAGUUAGUAAGAAGAGGCGGGACGUGGCAAAAAUCUUGCUCCCUGUCGUGGCAUCUGUGCUUGCACUCACGGCCGUGUGCAUGUACAUUAUUUGGAUAUGCAAGCUUCGAGGCAAACGUCGAAACAUGGAUCUCCAGAGGAAAAUGAUGCUAGGAUACUUAAGCGCGUCAGAAUUUGGUGAUGAAAAUGUAGAACUUCCAUUUGUUAGCUUUGGGGAUAUUGUUACUGCAACAAACAAUUUUUCUGAAGACAAUAUGCUCGGACAAGGUGGAUUUGGGAAGGUUUACAAGGGUAUGAUGGACGAGAACAAAGAGGUUGCAAUCAAAAGGCUCUGUCAGGGUUCUGGACAAGGUGUCGAGGAAUUCAGAAAUGAAGUCGUUCUGAUUGCCAACUUGCAGCACAGAAACCUCGUUAGACUUCUUGGUUGCUGCAUUCAUGGAGAUGAGAAGUUGCUGAUUUAUGAAUAUUUGCCGAACAAAAGCUUGGAUUCUUUCAUUUUUGAUACUGCAAGUAAACAAGUCCUUGAUUGGCCAACAAGAUUCAAGAUAAUCAAAGGAAUAUCUAGAGGACUUCUUUAUCUCCACCGGGAUUCAAGGCUGACUAUAGUUCACAGAGAUCUCAAACCGAGCAACAUAUUGUUGGAUGCGCACAUGAGCCCUAAGAUAUCAGAUUUCGGUAUGGCAAGAAUCUUUGGUGGAAACCAGCAACAAGCAAACACUAAUCGAGUUGUUGGGACAUAUGGUUACAUGCCUCCUGAAUAUGCAAUGGAUGGCGCCUUUUCUGUCAAGUCUGAUACAUAUAGCUUUGGUGUUAUACUUCUGGAGAUUAUAAGCGGUUUGAAGAUUAGUUUAACUCACAUCCCGGACUUCCCCAACCUUUUAGCUUAUGCAUGGAGCUUAUGGAAAGAAGGUAAGGCAAUGGAUUUGGUGGAUUCAUCCCUUGUUGAGAGUUGUUCACAUGUUGAAGUUUUCCGGUGUAUCCACAUAGGACUCUUGUGUGUGCAAGACAAUCCAAAUAGUAGGCCACUCAUGUCAUCAGUGGUGUUCAUGUUGGAGAACGAGACCACAGAACUUUCAGUCCCAAAACAGCCUGUAUACUUUUCACAAAGAUAUUCUGGAGCCCAGGAAACAGGAGAAAAUACUGGAAGCUCAAUGAAUAACACGAGUCUCACAGUGUUAGAGGGACGGUAGAUGUUUAGAUUACAUAUUUUUGUAUAUAUAAAUUAUUUGUAAUGCACUAGUAGUUCAAAAUUUCAGAAUAGUUAUAUUGUUCUUGCUGUAUCUCUUCAGUGCGUGCAACUGUACAUACUUAAAUACCAAGGUUGGCAUUUCUGGCGAA